CACUCACCUCCCCAAUCCGUGCGAUCCGGCCCUUCUACCAGCCGACCAAGACUCUCGGCUAUCGGCCUGCCCUAACGAGCUCCCAAAUCGCUACGAUAGCAUCUCGAAGAAAUGUCCUCCCAGCCUCAAGGAGUCGACCUCUCGACGCUCUCAGUCCAACAACUCUCCGCCUUGCAAGCCCGAUUAUCCCAAGAGCUCGAACACCUAAGCUCAUCAUACCAGCGCCUGCGUGCCGCGCAGUCGCGCUUCAGAGACUGCAUACGCAGCAUCCAGGAUGGUGUAAAAGGCAAAAGCGGUGAAACACCACUACUCAUACCCCUUACAACUUCGCUAUACGUCCCAGCCACGCUGGCAAGUCCUUCCGCUCCAGAUUCUUCAGCACCGUCGUCAGGGUCGACUGUUCUGGUUGACGUCGGAACGGGUUUCUACGUCGAGAAAUCUCCAGAAGAUGGCAUAAAGUUCUAUAAAGGCAAGGUGGACGAUCUGACAAAGAACCUCUCCGAGAUUGAAAAGGCGGUUGGAGGGAAGAACGAGAAUCUGAGAAUCAUUGAAGAAGUGCUGCGGCAAAAGAUGCUUGCAGAACAAGCUAGUGGUUCUGGGACAAAUAGAGCUCAAGUACCAGCAACCGCAUGAUGAUGAGCGCCUGUCACAUCGCAAACGCAUCACCCAGAUCUGCAAGCCCUGACGAUGCAAGCGAACGUCGUGCGUCCC